ACGACAAUACGCAUGGUACUACGUUACUAAUCUAUAUGCAGGUCAUCACCGCAGACAAUUUUAACUAGAUUGUAAAGGUCCUAAGAGCAGCUAGUUUAUUAUGGCGACAGGAAUAUGUAGCGAGGUUGACAGUGAUAUUUCCCAGCUUCGAAAACAACUUACUGUUGCAAGAAAUGAAAUUCACAACUUAAGACAACAGAUCAAGGCUCUUGGCCACAAUCACCAGAAGGACAUGGAGCAGAUACAGAACAUACUGGAUUCCUGGCAGUGCCAAAGGUGUAACUCUUCUACAACACCCACCAACAUUCCUGAAGAUGGGGUUUCUCUUCGGCCAAUUGGGGUGGUAUCCACAUGGUUCCCAGAGAAGAGGGGAACUCCCCGCCAACCAGGCAUUUGUGUAAACAGCCAAGGCAAAUUGACCCUUUUCAACUCGGUGUUCACAAAUCCAGAACAUGCACUAGAGGGAUUGGAAGGUUUCUCACACAUGUGGAUUCUGUACCACUUCCACAGGAAUGAUUCUAGUCAUGUGCGUGCCAAGGUGUCACCUCCACGCCUGAAUGGAGCCCGCACUGGAGUGUUUGGAACCCGCUCUCCUCACAGACCAUCACCCAUUGGCUUGUCCCUUGUAACUGUCAAGAGAGUGGAGGGAUCUUCAGUUUACUUCUGUGGCGUGGACAUGGUUGAUGGCACCCCAGUACUAGAUAUUAAGCCAUACAUUCCACAGUAUGACAACCCUCUACACUGUGAGACUUCAAAUUUGCGAUAUCUGGAUGGUAGGGAGGCAGAAGAUGAACCAAUGAUGACCUCACCUGGAGAUGCAAACCUCUCUCCAGUAAUUUCCAAGGCUCAGCCAGCACGACCUGAGAGUCGGAUUGGAGAGAGAGAGGCUCCAGAUGGAGAAGAAGGUGCUAGACCAUCACUGGUACCUCUGGUAGGAAUUCAGAAUGAGAGAACACAGGUCCGCAUCCCAUCAUGGAUCACACAGCCACCUCUCCACAAGCUGAAGGUCACAUUUAGUGAUCGAGCAAAGGCUCAGCUGGAAAACAUAGAGAGAGAGACUGAAAAUGGAGAGAAUCCUGAAACCUCAAUCCAGACCAUACUGCAAGAAGACCCACGUUCAGUAUAUCUGCGUGAACGGUGGGGGAAUCAGUUCUAUACAUUCCUUAUAUGUAACCUGCACGUAAGCUGCAAGUUUGAUGACUCUGCACAUACUGUCACAGUGUUCCAGGUGAAGUCUGCAGGCAAGCUCUGUGAGUGUGGCCAGCCUGAGUGGCAGUGCAGUGCGCAUGGUGAAUCUUAAAAAAAUAAAAAAUACACAUACAUCUCAUUUAUUAAGUUAAAUGUGCUUGUCUGUAUGUGUUGAAUCCUUUGAAAAUACACAUUAUAUAUGCAAUAAUAUGUAUAAUUAUGUUUUUUAACCAGCUUCCUUUUCUUAAGAAAUAAGCUUAAGAGGUAAGAAUGUUGUAUGUCUGUGUCCUUAUUCAACUUUAUAUACAAUUGAUAAAUUUUCACAAAAUUUGGUGUGAACAUUAUUCCAUUUGGGGCCACCCAAACCUCAUACUUUGUAAUCCCUACAUACAUGAUCACACUGUAAACACUUGAAUUUAAUGUACAGUUUGACAGUGAAAAUCAAUGAACCAUUGGAUUUAAGAAUAUAUAUAAUUAUGUAUACUGAUUAUAAACAUUCAUACAAAUUGUGCACAAAA